GCUGCGAUUCAGUUGAGAAGUUACGGUUAAAACGUAAUCGUUGAAACAGCAAAAGCAUAAAACGAUAGCCAAGCGAUUAGACCGACCGAACGCCGGAUCGAUCAACCGUCCGCCUGUUCGAUGCUAAAGAUAACCGUUUGCCGCUUUAUAACCAAUUAGCACACAAAAUCUUUUAAUUUUCCCUCCAAACAACAAGCGCCCAUGGCAGGCAAUUCAUUAAAUGCUCAAUAAAUGUCAGAAGAAACCCCAUAAAAUAGAUGGUGAUUAUUACUGACACCAUCAACAAAAACAAAACAAAAAUCUAAACGUUUCCGUUUUAAUCGUUUUAAAAUCGCCGGCGGCAUUGCAGCAGUGACCCCAACAAUUCACCCUAGUAAAUGCCAUCAUGAGAAUGGAUUAAUUGCAGACAAAUGCAACAUAGGCAAAAACAUGCAACUAAUUGCCAUUAAUUAUUGGCCGACAUCAGGCAUUUAGUGGUGCCAACUAACAAAAUAUGGUUUAACUAAAACAAAAAAGUAAAAUAUGCUUUAAAUUGGGUAUUAAUUACCCUGUAGCUAUGUUUAAAAAUUCAAAUACCCAAGUACUAAUGCCAAAUUGCCUACAAUAAUUUCCAUUUCAAUUUCAAACAGCUGUCAACACAAGUGUCAAAUUCUCACCGAGUAGCAUUCGCAACGAAUUCGAAGUCUAAAUGCAAUAAAUUCGCCCAGCAAGCUCUGGCUGGCAUACACUGUGACAAACACAUAUGUAGAUGGUGGAAUUUAUGGCAGUUUGUGCAGUGUUUUAUGGCAUACCCGUCGAAUAUAAUGAUUCAAUUAAAGUCAAAUUUGAAACCAAAAAAAUAUGAAAUCAAAAGAGCAAUGGCCAUUGAAUCGAAAAUCCAUAUUAAGAAAUGAUUGAGUGUUAAAAAUUUUUAAUAACCCCAGAAAAAAAAUUAAAAAAAAAGAAAAAAUAUAUAAUUAAAAAUACCCAAUAAUUUAACCAUACCUCUUCAGCCAUACAAUAUGAGGAUCGCAUAUCUAAAGUUUCUCUCUACUCAACAUUCCCAUAGCAGCAAUAACCUCCUUUAAUCAACUCCAUCAAAAAAUUCCGUUUUAAAAUCAAUUCACGGUGAAAUAUUAUACAACUCUUAUACUAUGUUGUAUAAUGUGCCGUGCUAUCAAAAUUAUUCAACACUGGAUUACUACAAGGUUAAACGUCCCAAGCCAGAGCCCACGGAGACAAAUGAUAGAAAUCGACUCUGCCCCCAGACUAAUGCCCAGAAUUCAGUGACAACAUCACAAUCGGCUGCCUCGGGCCAUUUGCAACAUUUGCAAGGUGGUGCUUUGGUGAAUUCUCAGUCAGCCUCAGCAUUGGCAUCCAGUGGUGGUUCCUCCUCGUCAUUGCUGGCUUCGGCAAGCCAAUGUAGUCCCUUAUCCUUGCCACCACAAACACAACCUCUUCAGCCCACCAUUACGUCCUUGGCUUCUCUUUCCCAAUAUCACCACGCUCACACCACACAGCAUCAACAACAACAACAACAGCAGCAACAUUCACCACACCAUCAUCAGCAGCAGCAGCAGCAACAACACAGUCAGCUUCAGCAUCAUCAUCAACCCCCACCCUCUUCUUUGAGCACGAGUAGCUGCAGCCUAACGGCCAGUAGUAAUCAUCUGCCCUCUCUUUCCAACACCUCAGCCUCUCAGUUUGCCCAUACCACAGGCAGCAGUGGUUUCUCAACAUAUCAACAACAGCAGCACUCGUCUGCCGUUUCCGUUGCCGCCACAGCAACCACAAAUGAUAAUUCCACCACGCUCUCUUCAACGAAUCCAACCUCGUCCUCUGUGAAUGCUCUCAGCACCAGUGGCAUGUCCCACUGGCUGAAUGCCGAACAUCAGUCUGCCACACAACUGCCUUCGGUCAAGUCAGAGAGUAGAUCGCCUGGCCUAACGAAUACUUCACAAGCGGCGCAACAACAACAGCAUUUACAAACAUCUUCCAACACAGCUGAGGUAGCAAGUCUCAGUGGCCAUUUGGAAUCGGCGACCAACAACGGAAAUUCAGCUUCCAAUUUAUACAGUUGCUCCUCGGUGAACUCGACGGCUGGACUAGUGGGCCUUGAUUCUCCCAGCAAUUCGUUGAGCUCAUCUUCCAUGGCUGCCGUUAAUUCUUCAGCAGCGGCCGCCGCUGCUGCUGUGGCCUAUGACACCAAACAUGAUUAUUACAACUACUACAACAGCAUGCAGCAGUACACACCGCCCUUCUAUUCCACCUAUGGCACACCCUACUCUACAGCGGGCAGAACUGCACCGAAAAUUGAACCCACGGGAGCCUAUCUGACUACAUCGUAUGCUUCCGGCAACAAUAAUUCGGCCCAGCUUUAUCCCACCGCCUAUGGCUAUAAUAAUUUCGCCCAAUUCGGUUCGGCUGCUGCGGCUGCAGCUCAACAGGAUUACUCUUCGUACUACAAUGAUCAAUAUGGCAACUACUACAAUCCCGCCAAUUACUCGCCCUAUGCUGUCAGCUCACCGAGCUCCAGUGCCAGCCAUGGAUUCCAUGUGGCCGCCUCCAAUCUCUCGGAGAGCCCUACAGACACUCAUUCAACAACACCGGUACUGCACAACACACACUCGCCACAUUCUCCUCUGCCGAUCUCACCCAACAACAAUAUGGCUCCCACGGGCAAUACGGUCUCCUCCAAUGCAGCGGCCAGCUUAACGAAAACAACGCCCACCGGCAAAACCGGCAGAUCCAGAGGACGCCGCCACCAACAACCUAGUCCCACACGCAGCUGUACCUCCGACACACCCAAUAGCGAGGCGGUCAAGCCGCCAGAGCGAGUGUUCAUCUGGGAUCUGGAUGAGACCAUCAUUAUAUUCCACACCCUGCUGUCGGGUUCCUUUGCCAGCCGUUAUACCAAAGAUCAUAGUGCUUUAAUGACCAUAGCGUUUCGCAUGGAGGAGAUGGUCUUCAAUUUGGCCGACACCCAUUUCUUCUUUAACGAAAUCGAAGAAUGUGAUCAAGUGCAUAUCGACGAUGUAUCUUCGGAUGACAAUGGCCAGGAUUUGAGCACCUACAAUUUUGCCACUGAUGGCUUCCAUACCGGAGCCCCACCGGGAGCACCACCCAAUUUAUGUCUGCCCACUGGAGUGCGGGGAGGAGUGGAUUGGAUGCGUAAACUGGCUUUUAGAUAUAGGAAAAUUAAAGAGAUCUACAACACCUAUAGGGGAAAUGUUGGCGGUCUGUUGGGUCCAGCCAAAAGAGAUGCUUGGCUGCAAAUUCGCCAGGAUAUAGAAAUGGCCACCGACAAUUGGGCUUCUUUGGCUACCAAAUGUUUGAAUAUGAUGCGUGAAAACUGUGUCAAUGUCCUGGUGACCUCCACCCAGCUGGCACCAGCCCUGGCCAAAGUAUUACUCUUUGGUUUGGGGGGAAUUUUCAAUAUAGAAAAUAUUUAUAGUGCCCAUAAAAUAGGCCAAGAAACUUGCUAUGAGCGCAUAGUCACCCGUUUCGGACGCAAAAGUACCUAUGUGGUGGUUGGAGAUGGUGCCGAAGAGGAGUCAGCGGCCAAGGCCAUGAAUUUUCCCUUUUGGCGUAUAUCAUCGCACAGUGAUAUUAGAGCUCUGUACACUGCACUGGACAUGGGUUUCUUAUGAAAAUCUUUCCCAUUCAUCUUAGAGCAACAACGAGCUACAAUGUAAAUUUUUAAGCUAAAACAAAAAAAUACACAUAUAUAUAUAAUAAUUUUUUGAAAAAAAAACGCACUAAAUUUUAAAGACUAAAAACCAGCAAGGACAAGCAAAACAUAAAUACUGUACAAAAAUUUAUAAUAGUUUUUGAAAAAAAAAAGUAUUUUUUUAAUUUAAAUUUAAAAUUUUUGUUUUUGUUUUCUUAGAAAUUAUUUAUUAAAUAUAUAUUCAUAGUCUAAGUUCGAAAGGAGCAACCUGUUUGACACACACACACACACACAUGCAUACACUUUAAUGGUAUCGUUUUACAUAUAAGCACAAAAUAAUUUAAUUAUUUUGUUUAGAAAUAUACAAAGCAAAAAACUCACAUUUUAUUGCACAUAUUACACUAAUUUUCGAAUUUAGUUUAGCCAUCUGCUGCUGUACAAUGUCUGUAUAUUUUUUCCAAAAAAAGUAGAUAUCAUCUUUUUGGAUCGUUCUAAUUUAAUUAAUUAAUUAAUUAAUAUAAAGUUCUAUUCUAUUUGCUAUUGUUUAAAUAAGCAAGCACACAUUUGUUUAUAUAAGUAGCUGUAUUUGUAUUUCGCAUUAGUAUUAAAUGUUAGACGUAAAAAACAAACUAUAAAAAUAGCAACAACAACAACAACAAAUGUCGAUAACAACAAGUCGCCAACAAAACAAUUAUAAAUUAUUUAGUUAAAAAUGUAUUAUUCGAAAUUAUUGAAAAAAAAAAACAAGCAAAGAAUUAAAACAAAAGAAAAAUCAUGUAUUAAAACAAGAGAAGUGAAGAGUAACGGAAGAGCAUAAAAAACAAAAAAAAUUACCAAUAAAAGGAUAAAGAAAAUCAUAAAAUAAUAAAAAAAAACUUUAAAUUAAUUUAAAAAUCAAAUAAAAAAUUGCACUAUUAUAAUGAA